AUGGUGCACAUUUCGUUGAUUGGCGUUCCUCGUAACCUCAAGGAGGCUAUUGACUGGUUGAUAGCCCUGAAGGGGACUGAUUCUGAAAGCAACUUAAAGGCUCUGGGUGCGGCCAUUACCCCUUUCGAUAAUAUAAAGCGCAUUUCUAAGAAGUUCUUGCAGCAGAAGGAGCUUAGGGGUCAGCUGUCCGUGGAUAAGUUGCUGGAACAUUUCAAUCAGCGUUUGAGGAGUGGUCCCAGCGUGUUCGCUAAGUUGUUUGCUGCUGUCACCGAGCACGAUGCUCGCAGCAUUGUACAGGCGAAGCGCCUCGGUCCUGAAGACAUCGCAAAGAAAUUGAGUAAAGUUGUGCAUGGUACUGAGAAGUUCUUGGAUGAUAUAAAAAACCCAGCCCACUAUAUGUCCGCUUACAGUUCCGAAGCGACGUGGGAUGCAUCAUGUGCGAAAAACCCGGAAGCUUGUGCGUUGAUCUUCGUGGGGAUUGCUCCAAUGUUAUACGGAGGCCUAGAGUCUUUGAGGGCCGUGAGCAAAGAUGCAACUUGCUAUGUGCCACAUCCUAAGUCGGCGGAACGAUUGGAAGGAGUGCUCAAUGCUGUGGGUUAUGAAGAGCCAGAAUGCCGCUCUGGUAUGAGUGGUUCAGAUGUCCUCCAGGCGUUGAGAGCUGUGGAUAAAGGAUUAGUGGGCAUAAUAUACGACCUCGCUGGAUUUUGGGCCUUCUAUUGA